AUGGCUUCUUUAAAUCUGAAAGCGUAUCCCAUUAUGACACUGGAAUUUGAAACUGUUCCCAGUGUAUUUUCUUUUAAUACUUGUCCUACUAAUUACAGAGAUUUACCAGUUUUUAAAGAAAAGGGACCACAUGAUAUAGCCGACGCUCUCCUAUCGUUAAAACAUCCUAUUGUACAUCCACAGUUCGGUGGGCCGCUAUCACCCAUAUCUCCAUCAUCCGGUCAGUUGUCACCAACUCAACCACCAACACCUAAUGUUCACUUCCCCUCUAUGAGUGUAAAUGUAUCAAUGAGUAUGAAUGUGGGGGUACCUCAUGGUCUUGGUAAUGGACAAUAUAACAAUUUACCCCAGCAGUGGGGAAACCAGCCCCAGUCACCUACCCUAACACAGUAUCAUAAUGGACAUACACCGGGCUUACAGCCUCAUAGUACAACUUGCUCAAUGAAAACAAAUUUCUGUCGAAUCUGCGGUAAGACUUAUGCUCGACCAAGUACAUUGAAGACCCAUCUCAGAACACAUUCGGGCGAGAAACCAUACAAAUGUCAUAUUUGUAAUAAGUCGUUUUCUCAGGCUGCUAAUCUUACAGCUCAUACUCGGACACACAGCGGAGAGAAACCAUUCCGGUGUCCAGUGUGCGAGAGAAGAUUUUCACAGAGUUCAUCAGUUACCACUCACAUGAGGACCCACUCGGGUGAGCGACCUUAUAGAUGUCGUUUGUGUAAGAAAGCUUUCUCUGAUAGUUCUACUUUAACCAAACACCUUAGAAUUCAUAGUGGUGAAAAACCAUAUCAGUGUAAGCUAUGUCUUCUUCGGUUUUCGCAAUCUGGGAAUCUUAACAGACAUAUGAGAGUACACGCUAAUAAUAACUAA